AUUUCAACAUCCCAGCUUCAUGCAGAGUGCAAGCACAGGAAGUCCGAGAGACUCUCGAUCUUUGUAUCGCGAAAUCGUAUCACCAUGUGGGAAUUCCAGCGCCCCGUCUACAUGGUAGACUUCUUGCGUUAUCAUGAAUUUGUGAUAUCUCAUCAUUGCCACGCGGGAUCCCAGUGCGCCCGCCUCCCGCAUGGCCCAUCGGCCGGUGAGCCAUGACCAAAACCUGGGUCUGGUUUCGGGGGUGCCCAAGACGAUGCCUGUUGGGCGCCCCUGUCAGGCAGGUCUUUGCUUUUUUUCUUCCCCCCCUUCGUACGGCUAGAACCUGUUGUCUUGACUCGAUCAUGCAUAUGUUCUGUCCGCUUGAAGAAUGUGGAUCACCCGCUGUGCCGCUGCGGAAAGGAGGUUGACGGAUAAGUUAAGCCAUAAGGCUCCCCCGUCUCGUCUGAUGAGGCGUCUGCAGUAGUUCAAGACUAGAAUCUCCAGCCACCAUAUUCGCCCCGUCGUGCGAGACGACACCCGACACGAAUCCAUGAUGAGAAUCAGCGGUGCGCUCUUUGCUCGUCUAGCCGUACCGACAAACGCUACCGUCCAGCCAGAGGAUGUCAUCCAGACCGAGAUCGUGCCCCUUUCCGACAGGGCGGUUCCCAUUGUCGUCGUCAACGUGCUGCUGACGUUUGCCACAACACUAUGGACGGGUAUGCGAUUAUACAGUCGGCGGAAGAAGGGACAGUCGUUUACCAUUGAGGAUUUCUUGACUGUUGUUGCUCUGAUCGCCUUCUAUGGGCUCGUGGCCUGCAAUUUUGUCAUGGUUUACCUCGGGGGAACUGGGCAUCACUACUUGACCCUGCAGCCAUAUCACGUCGAACGCAUGUCAAAGGCCGCGUACGGUGUCCAAACCCUCUUCGCCAUCUGCCUCGGCUUCAUCAAGAUCGGCAUCACCCUCAUGCUCCAGCGCGUCUUCUUCGUCCAGGGCUUCAAGAUCGCAGCCCGCAUCACCACGGGCCUCUGCGUCUGCUGGAUGCUCUUCACCAUCCUCAUCGGCAUCUUCAUCUGCCAGCCCGUGGCCAUGAACUGGAACCCGGCGACGCCCGGCGGCAAGUGCGGCGACCAGAACGCCGCCUUCGCCGCCGUGGGCUACUUUGACCUCGCGACGGACCUCAUCAUUCUCGUGCUGCCGAUACCCAUGGUGUAUAACCUGCAACUGCGGUGGCCGCAUAAGGUGGCUUUAUACAUCAUCUUUGGCGCAGGCGCUCUCACCAUGAUCUUCGCCGCCCUACGAUUGAAGAACGUCUUGACAAUGGACUUCACGGACGUGACGUACUCCCAGGUCGGCGUCGUGCUGAUGGGAACCCUCGAGCCCGGCGUCGCCAUCAUAGUCUCGAGCAGCCCCCUCCUGAAACCGAUUUUCGAUGCCACCGUCGGCCGCUUCUGGUCCCUCCGCGGCACACGCGGUGCCACAACGAGAUCCGGCGGGGCGGGGGCGGCCUCUGCGAAGCCGAACACCCUCCAGACGAUUGGCCAAUCCGGGCUUCUCGGGUCGAAACUUUCCAGAGGCGGAGGAGGGAGGUUCAGCCAGAUGCACUCGACGCACAGCGACGACGAUGACGAUUUGGAGCUGGAUAGGUUGCGGGAGAAAAGACAUAACGUGGCUGUCAUGGUAGCCAGCGGGAACCCGUCGGAGGAUAGCGUGGCGAGGGACUUUAAGGGGAGAGGGGACGAUGCUUCGGGCUCCGAGGUUGGGAUCUUGGUGACGAGCAAAACUGUUGUUGUGAGCGAGGUCAGGGGGAAAGGGAUGUGA